AUGGGGUAUUAUCUAUCAGAUGGAAUUUAUCCUGAAUGGGCAACAUUUGUGAAAAGCAUCCCAAUGCCACAGGGGGAUAAGAGAAAAUUGUUUGCCCAACAUCAAAAAGGUGCUCGAAAGGAUAUCGAACAAGCGUUUGGAGUUCUCCAAUCCCGAUUUGCUAUCAUACAUAAUCCAGCUCAAUCUUGGCAUUUGGAUGCACUAAAACGUAUAAUGGAUAUGUGCAUCAUAUUACACAACAUGAUUGUUGAAGAUGAACGUGCCACAUAUGGUGGAACCUUUGAUUAUUUUUAUGAUCAUCUAGGCAAUGGCCCAACUGCACCAUCAGAUGAUUCUAAUAAUGAUUUUCAAGAGUUCUUGCGUAGAAGAUACAAUAUUCGCGAUAAGCAAAUUCAUCGACAACUUCAACAAGACUUAAUAGAACAUAUUUGGGAACGUUUUGUGUAA